UCUGAGUGUUUGUGCAACGUGAGCACGUCUGCAGAUCUCAGUAAGUCAGCAAAUCUUCAGUUCAAUAAAGAGGAAAUCUCAUCUGUUUGCUGCUCUUCCGGACCUGGGAGAUCUCCACCGCGUUUCGAGCCAUGGGAGCGGAUUUUGUCUGUGCAGUUCUGUUCACCAUUGCUUUGGUGCUGUCAGCCGUCGAAUGCAACUGUAACGGCCAUCCAGGAGAACGUGGACCUCCUGGACGAGACGGGCUGGCUGGGAUGAAAGGCCAGAAGGGAGAGCCAGCUGUCUGGGUGGACGGCCCAGUGGACCCAAGCAUGCUGCUGAGGCUCAGAGGGGACAAAGGAAACUCGGGGCCACAAGGGCCGAUUGGUCCAAAGGGUUACCGUGGUGACGUGGGAGCAGCAGGAAUGGCGGGUCAGCCUGGUCCACCCGGUCCAGUGGGGAUAAACCUGAACUCAGGACAAAGUUCGUCCAAUCAGAGAACUCACUCCGCUUUCUCUGUGAAGAGAAAUACCACCAGAUACCCACCUUUCAACCAGAAAAUAACUUAUCAGGAGGCCAUCGUCAACAUAAACAACAAUUUCGUCAUAAACACUGGCAUCUUCACCUGCACGACACCUGGUUUUUAUUACUUCACCUUCCACUCCGUUGCCAAGGUCAGCAUGUGCCUGGGUUUAGUCAAAGAAGGAGAACCAGAGAAAAUCGUGUUUUGUGAUGAAAACACUAGGAACUCUGAGCAGGUGCUGUCUGGUGGCGUCGUGUUGGAGCUGACGGCGGGACAGAAAGUCUGGCUGGAGUCCUACAAAGACCAGCAGCAAAGCCUGCAGAUAGCGAAAGACACCGACGCGAGAGACGUCAGAGAAAAACUGAUCGUCUUCAACGGCUUCCUCAUCUUCUCAAAUUCAUAAUAAAAACAAGUCAAGUCCUCGCACUGCAACAUUUAACCAUCUCUGAUUUCAGUGUUUGAGGUUCAGCAGCUGCAUCACGUAAAAUGUUUUCAUAUUUACUCAUUUCAGAGCUGAUUGAUUUUUAUUAAACCCUGACUCUGAACCUGAAGUUUAUCAUUUCAUGCAGUGAUGACCAAACGUUUGAGAAUACAGUUGCAACUACUCCAAGGGCCACAAAAUGUUCAGUAUUUUUUAUUAUAAUUUUUAUUUGCUAAAGAAACAAACUAAACACACCAUAUUAUAAUGAAAUAAGCAAAGCAGUCAGAUCCCUGUAGUUCUUUGGAGACUUAAAACAAAAAGCGGCUCUUGCAGGUUUGCCAGAUAAAAGAGGAAAAUAAAAUGAUAAUCAUGAAUUUUUCUUCUCUUUUCUGUCUUUUCUUUUCUCUUUUGUGGAACAGUUUGUGACUCACUCUUGCUUUAGUUUUCCAAGUUUAUUAAAUGGCCAUCACAGGAUGUUUUUAGUCCCUAUUACUAAAAAAAUGUAAAGAUGAAUACUUUGUGGUGCACAUUAGAUUUUCCACUUUAAGAUUUUAAAAUGGGGAUCUGCAUCAACUGCCUGAACCAGCGAAACGCUUUUAUGCUAUUUUUGAACUGUGACCACUGGCCCUCCAAAAUUGUGCCGAGGUCCACAAAUGGCCCCCGAGCCGCACUUUGGUCACCUCUGAUUUAAUGUAAUAAAUAUAACUCUAA